AUGUCCAGCAUGUAUUUUGGAGGCAAGCUGAUAACGAGCAAUACUACUAUUAAUAGUAACACUGGUACUAACAAGAAUGGAGAAGAGGGGUAUCCGGAUCCUGAUGAAGAAGCCUGGAUGGAUGGGAGUCAAGCUCAGGACUCUUCAAUGAGCGGUUACGAUGACGACGACGAAGAGUUGGACGGGUCGGACCUUCAGAGUCGUGCAGCGAAAGAGACGAGAAAAACAUUGGCUAGCAAGGAAAACAAGGCCGUGAUCUGUCUACGUUACUUUGUACUGUUUGUGCUGAUGUCCACGGCUGUUGCCGUCUCCUUGGCUACUUUUUUCUAUUCUCGAUCCGUGGAACACGAUUCUUUUCAAGCGGAAUUUGCGUCUGUGGCCGUUGUCACGCUGCGCAGUUUUGUCGAAGCCGUCGAACACAAACUCAGUUCUCUCGAUGCCAUGGCCACUGGAAUCACUAGUCAUGCCAUUAGAACUGGAGAAACUUUUCCAAAUGUCACCAUUCCUGAUUUUGAAGUCAAAGGAGCCACACUCAGGACUCAAACUGAUUCCAUUUACAUGUUCUGGAUGCCUCUAGUCACUGAUCAAGACAGGUUGGGCUAUGAAGCUUACACUCAAAUGAUGCAGGCACAAAUAUUUGGGUCUUUUAUCUCUGAAGAAGGAUUCAGAAUGUAUCAAGAUGCUUACUUUAAUGUUUCCAUUCCCACUCCUCCACCUGAACCUGAACCUCAACCUCAACCUGAACCUACUCAAGAAGAACCUGAAGUUACUCAAGAACAACCUCUAGAAACUCAAGAAGAAACUGAAGUUACGCUGGAUGAACAAGGAAACCAGAGAAGAAAUCUACAUGUCGCUCCUCCAGAUAUUCACCCAUUGCUACAUGACACCAUUUGGGGACUCAACCCACCCUUCACGGACGAAGCAUGGCCCGAACCAUAUGGUACAGGACCGUACCUUCCGGCCUGGCAGCUAUCCCCCUCAAUUCCAUUGCCUUCUGUAAACAACUUCAAUAUGCUCGAUUACGCCGAUUUGGCUCCCAUGAUGCGACAAUCUCUAGACACUGGAAGAGCUGUACUUUCCUAUCUGCAAACAAACCAUUCCGGGGCCGCCACUGAAGAUCUCAUUCGAAUUUUUCUAUCUCUCAACCAAUACCGACACCAAAACGUCGAUUACAAUGCCGAUCCCAUGACACAAGUAUCAUAUCCCGUUUUCGACGGAUUCAAUCCCAUCACCAGAAAUGUUUCCGGAAUACUGCUCACGACCAUCUUUUGGAGACUACUCUUCCAAGAUAUCCUGCCCGAAAACGUACAAGGAGUCAUUUGCGUACUCGGUAAUACACUCGGAGAACAGGUCACGUACAGAAUUGACGGAAAAGAAGUAUCCUACGUCGGACCAGGAGACCUACACGACAACAAGUACAACCACAUGGUCGUCACAAGAGACAUUUCCGAAUACAUUACCCAACGAGCAGGAGUCAACUCGGCUUCCUACACAUUCGUCGAACUCGAUGUUGGCUACACGUCAUACUCCAUUCACGUAUACCCAUCCCAAGACAUGGAAAAUUCAUACAUCACAAAAGAUCCCAUCCUAUACGCCAUCGUUGUCGCGUUCAUCUUCGUUUUCACAUCCGCCGUAUUCAUCACAUACGAUCGAUGCGUCGAAAAACGACAGAAAUUAGUCAUGGAAACUGCUGUACGAUCCACGUCCAUUGUCACGUCGCUAUUCCCACAAGCGGUGCAUGAUCGACUCUUUGGAAAAAUUGAAGAACCAAGUGAAUCCGUCGCAGACGCAAAAGGAGACACGUGGAAAAACAUGGACGAUCCAAAUGGUGUCAGUGGAAACAUGCAUCUACGAACGCUGCAACACCAAGACAAUGACGACAACGACAACAACAAUAACACUGAUCCGGCACAAGCGCCUCUCCCAUCCAUACAAGAAAUGAUGGAAGAACAACAAAACGAUCUACGAAAUCCAGAGUCGUCACCAGGAUUCACAUUGGACAAGGCGGGGAAAAUUCCACUCGAAAAGAAGAAAAAGAAAAAGGGAAAAGCCAUCGCCGACAAAUUUCAAAGCACAACCGUAUUCUUUGCUGAUCUAGCUGGAUUCACCCAGUGGUCGAGCACUCGUGAACCGGAACAUGUAUUUGAACUGCUCGAGGCUCUGUAUGGUGCUUUCGAUCGAAUAGCCCUGCGGAGAACGGUCUUCAAGGUUGAAACUAUUGGUGAUUGCUAUAUGGCCGUUACCGGGGUGCCCAACCCACAACCGGAUCAUGCUAUUCGCAUGAUCAAGUUCGCUCGCGAUUGUAUGAUGAAGAUGGACCGCAUCUUGGAAAAGCUAGUCCCCUCGCUAGGAGAAGAUACGCUCAACUUGAAAAUGAGAGUCGGAUGUCACAGCGGCCCAGUUACGGCUGGUGUCCUCAGAGGCGACAAAGGCCGGUUCCAAUUGUUCGGAGACACAGUAAACACGGCUUCUCGUAUGGAAUCGAACGGAGUGAAGGGGCGCAUUCACGUGUCAGAAGCCUGCGCCGACCUGUUGCCAACCAAGUGGUUGACAAGAAGAGAAGACAAGGUUGUUGCCAAAGGAAAAGGGGAAAUGCAAACGUACUGGGUGGAUGCAUCGGAAGGAGCUCGGUCUGAGUUUAGCGCUCUGAGUGCUCUUAGCAGCCUUAGUGCAGUGGAGGAAAACAAGCCAUUAAUGAUUGGAAGCAAGAACAUUGAAAAGGAGCAGUACGAGGAACUGCUUGGAAGCAAGCACUUGAAUGUAGAUUUGGAGGAUCUGGACUUCUCAAUUUCAGACAUUGGUGACAUUGAACGAUCACAAUCAAUGCUGUCCGACAUUAGCGAAGGUGGUGACCUCGAGGCACAAGAUAGUACACAAAAGGGGACAAUAACGUCGAACAGUCUUCUAGGAGACUUGUCGUUGUCAGAGUCUUCGUUGUCAGAGGCUGAUUUGUUCAUGAACGAGCCUGUGAAGAAACGUUCUAAUGCAGGGAAAGCAGCAAGAGAAACGACUGCAACAAGGAACCUGGCAAUUGGCAUGCAAGAAGAGCCUUUCAGAAACGAGCCAGGGCAAACGAAAUCAAAGAGUUCCACUUUCAUCACGAUCGGUAGCAUGUUAGUGGAUGCAAUGAACUUGAAGAAUGAAAUAGAGGUGUGA